AAUCUCUGACUCCUAUAAAUUGGUUUCACUACCACCACAAUGUACAAUUGUUAUACCUUGUAAACAUUCUCUUGCAUCCAACCCUUGGAAUUAAGCACGUUAUUUCUUAGGGUUGAUUGAAUAAAAAUUAUAAUUAAACAAGAUGGGAAGCGAUGGUGUGAGGAAACCGAGAUUCCUAUGCCUUCAUGGGUUUCGAACAAGCGGAGAAAUAUUGAAUACACAGUUACAUAAGUGGCCACAAACGGUGUUUGACAACCUCGAUCUCGUGUUUGUGGAUGCUCCUUUUCCUUGCCAAGGCAAAUCCGAUGUAGAAGGCAUUUUUGAUCCCCCUUACUACGAGUGGUUCCAGUUCAACAAGGAAUUUACAGAGUACACCAACUUUGACGAGUGCCUCCAGUACAUUGAGGAAUGCAUGAUCAAGCACGGACCUAUUGAUGGGCUUCUUGGUUUUUCACAGGGAGCAAUAUUAUCAGCUGCGCUACCGGGUCUUCAGGAGAAGGGCGUGGCACUCACGAAGGUUCCCAAAGUGAAAUUCCUAAUAAUAGUAGGAGGGGCAAAGUUGAGGUCACCUUCAGUGGCGGACAAAGCAUAUUCUUCUUCCAUUAGGUGUCCCUCCCUACACUUUCUCGGGGAGACAGAUUUUUUGAACAAGUAUGGGGCUGAACUACUAGAAUCCUGUAAUGAACCCGUGGUGAUUCACCAUCCCAAGGGACACACAAUACCAAGAUUAGAUGAUAAGAGCUUGAAGACCAUGAUGGAUUUCAUCGAAAGAAUUAAGAAAGAUGUCUCAAAAUAAGAAAUGAGUUUAGAGUUUAGACAACAAGCCAGUGGAUUGGUUUUCAGAUUGCUUAUGUGUGCUGCUUUCCGAUAAUUCUAAGUCAAUUUUGAUUCACAAUUUCAAGGAUGGGCAUCUAACAGGAGAAUACACGUUUCAUGGCAGCUAAUUUGGUUUGGCACCAUUUGGGCUAUAUGUCUAUAUCAGCAUAUAAUACUCAAUUAUGUAUUGACUUUACAUUAGGGGAAUUCUCAUAAUUGGAGAGUGGGGACCAUUAUUAGCAUCAACAUAUCCUGAGAUUAUUAUUACAGCAAUAGAAAGUCUUGCUUUUACUAACAGAUCUGAGAUUACUUGAAUUAUUGAUAGCUAACAGUAGACUGGCCACAAAGAGUGACCAAGAUUUGGUUGACAUAUAACAAUAGAAAGACCAAGAGCAGGAGUUAUUUGUGAAGAGUUGCAAAAUUGUAAGGGUGGCAACACAAGGUCAUUCUAACUUAUAUUUUUUUACCAUACUAGUCAAUUGUGUAACUAAACAUGUUUCACUUCACAAUUUUUCACUAAUGAAUAAAUUAAUUUUUGUUCCAAA